CACCGGCCGGCGCCUGGCCGAGCUGGGCAGCGACCCGGCCAUGGAGCACGGCCCGCACGGCGCGCAAGCGCUGCUACGGGAGGAGGUGGCCCAGCUGCAGGAGGAGGUCCACCUGCUCCGGCAAAUGAAGGAAAUGCUGACGAAGGACCUGGAGGAGACUCACGGCAGCAAGUCCCCGGAGGUGCUCUCGUCCACGGAGCUGAAGGUGCAGCUGGCGCAGAAGGAGCAGGAGCUGGCGCGUGCCAAGGAGGCUCUGCAGGCCAUGAAAGCCGACCGCAAGCGCUUGAAGGGGGAGAAGACAGACCUGGUGAGCCAGAUGCAGCAGCUGUACGCCACGCUGGAGAGCCGAGAGGAGCAGCUCCGGGACUUCAUCCGCAACUACGAGCAGCACAGGAAAGAGAGCGAGGACGCGGUGAAAGCCCUGGCGAAGGAGAAGGACCUCCUGGAGCGGGAGAAGUGGGAGCUGCGGCGGCAGGCCAAGGAAGCCACGGACCACGCCAGCGCCCUCCGCACCCAGCUCGACGUGAAGGACAACCGCAUGAAGGAGCUGGAGGCCGAGCUGGCCAUGGCCAAGCAGUCCCUGGCUACGCUGACCAAGGACGUGCCCAAGCGCCAUUCCUUGGCCAUGCCGGGCGAGACGGUGCUGAACGGCAACCAGGAGUGGGUGAUGCAGGCUGACCUCCCGCUGACCGCCGCCAUCCGGCAGAGCCAGCAGACCCUCUACCACUCACACCCCCAGCACUCGGCGGACCGGCAAGCGGUCAGAGUGAGCCCCUGUCACUCCCGGCAGCCGUCCAUCAUCUCCGACGCCUCCGCGGCCGAGGGCGACCGGUCGUCCACGCCGAGCGACAUCAACUCCCCCCGGCAUCGAACGCACUCGCUCUGCAACGGGGACAGUCCUGGACCGGUACAGAAGAACUUGCACAAUCCAAUUGUACAGUCUCUAGAAGACCUGGAAGACCAAAAACGGAAAAAGAAGAAAGAGAAGAUGGGCUUUGGCUCCAUCUCCAGGGUCUUUGCCCGGGGGAAGCAGCGCAAGUCCCUCGAUCCCGGUCUCUUCGACGGCACGGCCCCCGACUACUACAUCGAGGAGGACGCGGACUGGUGACGGCGCCGGAGCCUCUCCCGGCCCUGCACAUGUACAUAUUCCAUACUGCCCAUCCCACACCCCCCGUCCCACCUGUGGACGUGUUACCUGUUGUCUUGGGAGCGAUGCAGCUGUGUCGUAACUUCAGUUUUUUUCCCCGUUUUUUUUCCAUGGUUUUUUUGUUUGUUUGUUUGUUUGGGUUUUUUCCGACACGGUAACUCCUUUGUUUGUCAGUUUGGGUAGGUUGUUUUUUUUUUUCCCCUUGUUUUGGGAGGGUUGGUUUUUGUGGGUUGUUUUUUUUUUUUGUUCUUUUUUUCUUGUUCUUUUGACAAAACUUGAAACUUGAAGGACUGCUGUGUCUCUGUAAAUACGAGGAAUAUUGUGCACUUUGUGCUUGUGACGUCUCUUGUCCGAAACCCGCUGUUUUCCGGAGCCCAGCCCGCGGGAUGUCCUCGCCUGGGGACAAAGGACCUGCCCAGCUGAGGGAUCUUAGAGAGAAAACACACAAAAACAACAACAAGAAAAUCUCCUUCGCUGUGAUGUCUUCCUGGCCGAGCCCUGCGGAGGCAACCCGGGCUGGUUGUUACGCCUGCCAGUCUGGAAAUAAGUGUUUUAACGUUCCUUUUUAGUUGUUUUAAUUUAUUUGCACAAACCCAGAGGAGCUAUUCUAACUAAAUUAUUGCAGAAGUUUUGGGAUUUUUAUAUUUUUCCACGUCGGUUGGGAUGGGGAGGGGAAGAAGAAGGGGGUGUUUGUACUGUACUGUCCUGGGAAGUUGCUGUCGGGGGGGAUUGGGGCUGUGGACCCCCCAGCCCGGGCUCCCUCAGCUGCCCCAGGAGCACUUAACGCCUUGGAAAACGCAAACCUAAACACGUGCCGGGAAAUCAGACAAGGGGGCAAGCUGGUGGGAGCUUUGCCUGUUGUUUUUCCCUGCUUUUUUUUUUUGGGGGGGGUGGGGAGGGCUCACCCUUUGCUUCAAGUCAAAUUUAGGGGGAUCCGGCACGAGCUGGGAGCAGGGGAGAGGUGAUAUCCCGAGAUAUCCCGUAUCCCAAGACGUUGCCCAGAUAGAGCCGGCCACCCCGCCCCGGUUUGGGGCGCUCCUGCCGUCGGAGGGGGCUGGGGAAAUCGGUACGAAUCCCCACUCGGGAGGUUUUUCUGGCUCUGAGGUGAUUUGGAAGCACAGGUGGAGCUUGUUUUUCCGAAUCCCUUGGAAAUGCCCCCCAAGCCACCCUCCCCAGCGCGGCGGCCGCUUCCCCUCUCCACUAACACGUGCCGCGCUCUGCUUAUGCCAAGAUAAGUACCUUAUGCUUUAAUGCUUACAAUAUCAUUUUAAGCUCUUAAAAAAAAAAAAACAAAAAAACAAAAAAACAAAUGUAUUAAGAUUUAUUUAAUGAUCUAUAAUAGUGUAUUAUUUUUCUUAAUUCCGAAACGUGCGCCCUGGUUGGAAAAAAAAAAAAGAAAUGGGGGCGUUUUGUCUUAAAUCACCGAACGAAACCGAUGCCCUCGCGCUGUGUAUUCAUUCCAAGGGAUGAUGCAGAGAGGCCAUGGAGGGGGUGACAGAGGGACCAAGCCCCCCUGGGCUCUCCUGGGGUGGCAGGGCAGGCUUUUCCCCAUGGCAUUUUUCUCUGCAGAGAAGCAUUUUUAUACAUUUUUGUUGGGGUGUUUUUUGGGGGGGGGUUUGUUUUGGUAUUUUGUUCUUUGUUCUUCUUGCGUUUUUAUAAUUUAAACUCUAAACCACCAGAACAGAUGAGCGAUCUCCUUGUUAUCGAGUAGUUUCCUUUGCAUUUCAGCUUUUUUGUAAAUUAGGAAGUAAUUCUAAAAAUUACUAAGAGGAUGAUUUAUUUAAAAGAGAACUUUGCUAAAUAGCAUAUGAAUUAUGGGUAACAUUAGAUUUAACUUUUCCCCCUGUGAGGGGGGGAGAAUCCUUGAAGGCAUGGAUGCAAAUAUAAAAUUAUAAAAGAUCUAAAUAAAGCUUAUUUUAAAG